AUGGGACACGAAAGAACGUUAAUUCAGAUUGACGAUGAAUUAGAUGAAAUUUGUUUACAAAUUGUACAACUGAUGAAUGACUAUUGUUUGAGUAUCGGUCGACUGGAACAUUGUUUACGCGAUGGGUGUGUGCACCUGGCUAAAAGUAGGUACGUAAUGGGCAAUCGUAGCGUAUCAGGCUUACAACUUCCCACAUCCGGUCCGUACAUUGCUCGUUCAAAAGUUGUUCUUGACGAAAAGAACAAUACAAGUCGUUUGGUGCAAAACAAAGAUGGAGAUGAUCCUAUCAAACGUUUUGGGGUGCUUGUACCGGGUAGUAUACGCGCAGCUCAAGAUAGAUUUUGCAAAUGUCUAGAGUCCACGGUUGAAGCAACUACUAUAAAAACGGAAAUGGAAAAAGUCCAGGAGGACUAUUCGAGAUUGAAGGACGAAAGAAGACAAAUAUUAAAACCAUGA